AACAUAUUUCACUUCCGCGUUCCGAAAAUCUAAUCAGAGGACAAAAUGGCGGAGAAGGGUGUUUACUUCAUGAAGACAUAGCACAUAUUUAUAGGAAUAUAUACUCUCUGCGGAUGAAUAUUUUUAAAAACCUACAUGAUGCGCAAUUAUAACGUGAUUUUACAUUGUAUACAGACCAAUGAUGGAGGUUUCAGGUAAAAGAAAAGAUCAAAAUAUUUUAUCGGCAUCUCGAGGAUCCGCUGAGGACUUUGUGUUGUUUUGUAUUCCCUGUGACAGAGAAGGUGCACGGGAACCAGCCUAUGGUUACUGCAAGAGCUGCCAAGAACACCUUUGUGAAACUUGUUUCAAACAUCACAGGAAGCCCGCACCUUUACGCAACCAUGUACUUCUUGACAAAGACUCCAUGCCAACAACACCCAGCGUAUCAAACCCGAAAGACGAUUUCGAAAGUUGUCAUGAGCACGAAGACAGGAAUUUGGAGUUUUACUGCAGAGAUCACAGCACUGUUGUAUGUGGUAUCUGCGUUACGUUGGAUCAUAGGGUUUGUAAGGUUGAAUACAUUCCAAAACUUUCUAAGAACAUAUUAGACGAUGGCGAGCUGGAGGAACUGAUAGCAGAAAUGGAAACCUUGAGGGACAAUUGUAAAUCAAGAAAUAAGAAAGCAAAAGAACAUAUGAGGGGUAUAACCCAAAAUCAUGAAGACGUAUUGAAAGAAAUUCGACAAUUCAGAAAAGAAAUAAAUAGAUGCGUUGAUGAAAUGGAACUGAAUGUUACCAGAGAAGCUGCAAAUCUGAUAAAUGCGCAACUAGAAAGUUUUGGGAGAUUGUCUACCUACCUAGAAGACAUCAUAAAGGAGGUUGAAGUUAGCCAGGCAUACCUUGAUGGCCUUGUGAAGGGAAAUCGACUGGACAAACUUUUUGUUGAAAUGAAAAAAGCGAACACGAGAUUCACAGAACUUGCAGCAAAUGAAAGACAAGCUUACAAGAAUAGCGAGUUACGUAAUCUGGAGUUUGUUAAAAACCAGGUGAUCACUGAAAUGCUCCAAAGCCAAACGCAGUUGGGAAAGCUUAUAUCCGUGGAUACCACAGCAGAUACUGUAGUACCGACAGAGGACAAGACAGUAGUACUACAACAUGUUGGUGAAAUUAAUGUUAUUUCUCCUUCAGACGAAAAGGAAAAUGGGAUAACUGGGAUAGACACGAUACAACCGGAUAGAAUAGUUGUCUGUGAUUCGCAUAAUAAGAAAAUUAAAUGUUAUAAUACCAUGACGAACAAGAUUGUGUCUGAGCUAAGGUUUGAUAAUCUUCCGUUUGACGUAGCAGUUAUUACAGACAACAAAAUUGUUACAACAGUCCCCACAGAAAAAAGCAUCUACUUUGUCUCUCUUACAAACACUAGCAUUAAUUCCGAUAGGAAGGUAAAUGUCAAUGAAACAUGCAAUGGUAUUGCUUACAGUCAGAAUAAACUUGUUGUAGUAUGUAAUUACAAUCCAGCGAAAAUGUUAAUCGUCGACUUAAAUGGCAAAAUACUACAGAGUUUUUGUGCAAAUAAACUUUUCACUCUUCCUUUCUACUUAACAGUAAAUACAGAUGGAACGUAUAUAUACGUAAGUGACCGUGGUUAUAAUAUUAAAAGUGUAAAACAACUGGAUUGGCAGGGGAACACUGUAAAUAUCUAUCAAGCAUCAAAUGGAGGUACUUUCCUAAACGGAAUUUGUGAAUUAGAUGAUGGCACAUUCCUGAUUUGUCUGAGUAUAAAUGAUAAAGAUAACGUGAUUAGAAUGACAAGUAGCUUCAAACAAUGUAAGAUAACAUGGAAAGAGAACCUUGGGGACUGGUUCCCAAAGGCUGUUACCUAUUGCAAGAAAACUAAAACGGCAUUUGUAUCAUAUUCUGAAGGAAACUUUACUGGUCCAUUCAACCGCAUAAAAGUAUUCAAAGUGGGUUGGUGUUGAAAACAGAAACGAUCCGCAUAAAUUUACACUCAACAGUGGUAGUCUAACAUGAUUACUUUAGUUUUGCUGAAUACGCUGUAUGUAUUCUAAAUAUCAAAUUCACUGAUUACCCAGGUUUUCGUGCUGUUUGCGGUAUGUGUCAUGAAUAUGUUACUUGCUGAGUACUCGGGUUUUUGCUACUUUUGAUAUUUUUGUAAUGAAUGUGUUACUUUCUGAGCACCCUGGGUUUUCGGUUGCAUUCGGUCAUUAUAAUGAAUGAGUUAAUUGCUGAGUACUCGGGUUUUGCUUCAUUCUGUAUUUGUAGCAAAUGAGUUACUUGUUGAGCACUCGGGGUGUUUGCUGCAUGCGAUAUUUGUAGUGAAUGAGUUACUUGCUGUGUACUUGGGUUUUCGCUGCUUUCGUCAAGUGUCACCCACUUCAAGUAGUGUUCAUUUUAACAGAUCUUCCUUAUAUCAGAUUUCCGACAUUCUGCAAGUAAAAUGAUCAAAGAAUCAAUGGACGGAUCCAAAACUGUCAAUCAUUUAUGUUUACGGACUGUCAAAUACGAGCGACCUAGUUUACACAAUAGACCACGUGCGUUUUGUUUGUGAUACCGCUUGUGAGGACUUGACCUUGGUAUGAAUUAAAUUACAAUAGAGGGAGGAGUUAGAUAAAAUGUAUCCUCAAAAACUGGAACUGUCCAUAGCUCGUUGCGAUAGAGCAGCAAUUUCAUGCAUAUUUCAAGCUUUAUUUGCGGAUAGUUUUUUUCAUGACUACACAUUACUAACAUGUACAUUUAACAAAAUUUCUAACUGAUCACUUUUAAGUUUGAUUUUUUUAUUUCAGAUGAUGCACUUUCCUAUAUGUAUAUAACAUUAGUUUUUCUGGUGUACGAGUUAUCUCUUAUUGCUCUAAAACUGCUCAUAGUCCGUACAGAACAUUGUAAUAUAAAGGAAAUCAGUUAUUCAGUUAGGAAAACGUAAUAUUUUACUAUAACUUUACUUUGAUGUUCCAACAGAGCACUUCGAAAAAAUCCUACAUUUUGACAUUAUACAACUUUUAUACAAGAAGUUAAAAUUUCAGUUGAUGUACCGCAAAAGCUGAUGUUUAACAUGUUUAAAUGAAUGUUUCUAUCAAAACUAAAGCUGUAUGAAAAGAACUGUAUUAAGCAGUUAAAAUAUUGAUUAGUGUUUUAUUUAGAUCGUUAGAUAAUUUGUCAUACAAAU